AUUUAAAAAUAAAAUAUAAAACAAUUAUAAUAAAUUAAAUAGUUAAAGUCUAUCCUUAAUAAAUUUUACUUAAACAUAUAUAUAUGUAGGUAGAUUUUUUUCAUAUAUAUAUAUAUGUUUGAUUUAAUUUUUUAAAAACAUAAAUAAUAAGUUAUUAUGCUGGUUUUUGAAUUAACAAAAAAAUAAACUAAUAAAUAUUUGUAAAGUGAUUAAGCCCGCAUAUGCGGGUAAGACACCUAGUUUCAUAAUAUUUCUAACGUACCUGCCAAGAUUCCGACAAACAUUUUUUUUUUUUGAGAAAUAGAUUCAAACAAACAUUUAUUUAAAAAAAUAUUACUUAAAAUAUGAUACACCCGACGAGUUUGUUGGUUUAUCAUAAUAUUUCUCACAUACCUGCCAAGAUUAAAACAAACAUAUUUUUUUUUUGUUUUUUGAGAAAUAGAUUCAAACAGACAUUUAUAUUUAAAAAUAGAAACUAUCAAUAUUAGAUUGUCAUGAUGGUAUCUAACUUAAAAUAUUAUCCAUGUUACUAUAAAUUAGUUAUUUCUUUCCGCAUUGUCGAAAUUAACUUUUAAAAAAAUGUGCAUAUAGAAAGUACUAUUGAUGAAAAAAUUGCAUUUUUUAAAAAAAAAUAUCUAUUUGUAUAUUAUCAUUUUAAAAUAUGAAAGUAAUUUAUAGAAAAAUAGUAAAAAUAACUUUAAACAAAUUUUUCUAACAAAUAUCUUUUGUGUGAAUAUUAAUAUAUUUAUAUUUUUAACUAUCAAAAACUAAAAACUUAAUAAUAAAAUUUUCGUUAAGAUGUAUGUCACAUUGUAUUAGUUAUAAAUUUCAGUAAUAUAUGUUGUUUUCAAAUUUAUUUUUAUUAUUUGUUAGAACAAUAUAUAUGUAUAAAAUGAUUUUAAACAUAUCUUAAGAACAUUUAAAAUUGAAAUAUAUAUAUAUAUAUAUAUAUAUGUAUAUAAUUUAAAUUAAAAAUAUGCCAUCAAUUGAAGUCACUGCCACUUGAGGAUAUAUUUCUACACCACAUUUAUAUGUAAAUAUUGUCUUAUACGAAAUGGUCUAGCAACUGUAUUGUGAAUUUUUUUAUCUAGAAAAUCACGUAAACAAAUGUCAAAUGAACAUAAAAAUAACAAUUCUCACUUAGUAUCAAAUCAAAAUAUUCAAACUAAAAUCAAACGUUAAAAAAAAAACCCGACCACUAGUGUAAAUAUCAAUAAGGGUUUUCAACUUUAAAUUUUUUCCAGUCUUUAUUAUAUAGAUAAAUAACAUAAUUAUUGAGUCGGUUAAGAGCAUCUUUAAUAAAAAAAAUUAGUGUGGGUUCUUAGAAUUAAAAAAAAAAUAAUAAUAAUUGAAAGAGAAGAGAGAGUGUAGAGAAAAAUUCUAAUAUAAGGAUAUUUUAGAAUUCUAUUAGAACUCUAUAUGACACUUGUAUACUAUAGAUUGGUUGAAUUUUUUUUUAUAACUAAUGUCAGUUAUCUAAUUAUAUAUUAUUGAAAUAUUUGUAUUUUUGUUUAAGAAACUCCUUAAAGUUCUUACUGAUAAAUAUUGCUCUAAGGCCCAGUGAAAAGAGAUACAGGGAAAAUAGGCCCACGAAGUAACACCACAAAUUAUCUUUUGCUAAGUCUUUUAUGAUAAAAUUAGGGUUUUCAACCUUUAACGUUUUGCCAAAGAUGAGGAGAGAUAGAGAAGAUGGUUACACUUCUCGAGGAGAAACGUUAGUCUCUCUCUCUCUUAUCCAAAUUUUCAUUUCCUCUUUUCAAAUUUAUCUUUGACUUGUAUAGAUUGUGAGUUUGCUUUUGAGGCCUAUCAUUUUUAGAAACGGGCAAUCUCCAACCAUACGUGAUGCACUGCAUUAUGUCAGUGCUGUGAGGAACACAUUUCAUGACGACAUAGGGAAAUAUGAGACAUUCCUUGAGGUCAUGAAGGACUUUAGAGCUCAGAGGUAUAUUACCUACCGGCCUCUAGUCUCUUCCCAUUUUGUUUUGUCCUUUUCAAUACAGUUCAACAGAAGGUAUUCGUGUAUUGUUGAUUUUACUGUGUUUAUUCAUGUUGGUUGCAGAGACGACCAUAAUGGUGUCAUUAAAAGAAUAAAAGUUUUGUUCAAUGGUCACAACGACCUAAUAUUAGGUUUUAAUACUUUCUUACCCAAAAAGUAUACAAUAACCUUUCCGUUGGAGGAAGAGAAACCGAAGACCAGGGUAGGUUUCCAAGAUGCUUUCAGUUUCGUCACCAAGAUUAAGGCAAGGUUCUCAAGUGAUGAACAUGCGUAUAAAAGGUUUCUAGACAUCAUGGAGAUGUAUCGAAAGGAAAGAAAGUCCAUCAUUGAUGUCUACGAAGAGGUAUAUAUGUUAAAGAGGGUUAAAUUUAUGAACUUUCUGCCUCCUAUCUUAUUUGUUAGAGCGCUAGUUGUAGUGCACUUCUCUGAUUAUCGUCUGUUGUGUAGGUUACUAUUCUCUUCAAGGGUCAUGAUGAUCUGCUCGUGGAGUUCCUUAAUUUCUUACCUAAUUGUGCUGCAAUUUCUGACAUGCUUCCAAGGCAUUCUGAUAAGGUCGAAAACUGUGAUGAAAAGCUGGUUGUUUUCUCUGGUGGUAAUUCUACUGGAAGUAGAUUCCCUUGCUAAAGAAGGUCAGGGAGGCUAUUUGAACGUGGCAGAAAAUGGGCAAAUUCAAGAAUAUCAAAGUGGUCAAGAUGGUGGAAGAGAUACAGAUAGAGAUGACAAAACAGCUAGCAGUGUAAGCCAAAUUAUUGCCUCCUUCCAAAGGAUGUGAGUGACUCUUUUUCCAUAAUAACAUCGUUCUACUACACUGGAAUUACUGCGUCAUACAGUUUUCUUGUAAAAUGGUUGGUGUUUGCCCAUGCAAUAUCCAUAUAUAUGAUAAUUCUAAAAGUGGUCUUUAUUAAGAUACAAUUUAUCAUGACGCUGUGUAUCUGUUACCGAUAGUGCAUCAUCCUCUAAAUCAGGGAUAUAUCACAACCGCUUCUUCAGAUUCUUCGCCAUACUUCUUCUUUGUAUCAUAAUAGUCAUUCCUGGUAUAUGCCUACUUCUUUCAGAACCAGCAGGUAAUUCUAGACCCUGAGUGUGAUCUAGAACCGACCCUAACAUUCCUCACAAUAUUUUUUUUCUCAGACUUUUUUUUUUUGAAUUAGCUGUAAUAGAAGGCAUUUUAAUGAUUCUCUCAAGUGAUUCUCAGACUUGCCUCUAGCAUAAUAUCAUUCUCCAUGUUCAUGUGAAACCCUAGAGGUUUUAAGAUCUUGAUCUUUCGGAAUUGGUUCCUUUGAAUCAAACGACAAAUCCCAAUUCCUCACAAUAUGGUUACACAUGUUCGGAAUUGGUUCCUUUGAAUCAAACGACAAAUCCCAACAAAAACGCCUAGUCGCUUCUGUACCCGAGUAUCCUCAUCUUGAAUCACUUUGAGGUACACAUGUUCAAGGUUCGGAAUUGGUUCCUGCAUAAGUAGCAAGGAACAAACAGUUCCGAACACAUUCUCAUCAAGAUACAUCAGAAAGUCAUGGACCUUGUCUUCCUCCCAUUGUGCCCUUAGCCUUAAGGUUACACUGAACUUGCAUGUACAUCCAUUGCAAACACAGCUCAGCAUUGGACGGUAACAUGCCAAACUGUCCCAAAUCUUUGUAAGUUUUCCAAAGCAUGUCUCGAUCAUGACACCAGCUUAAUGGCAGUUUGCAAGUUACUUCCUCAGAUGCUGAACACGAGGUCCGUUCGUCACAUGAAAUCGUUUGCAUAUGUGUUCCAACAAGUCUGUAGCAAGGGUUUGUGUGAGAUGUUCAAUCGCAGCCUUUGGUCAAUCGUCAUCUUGAUCACGAGACCAACAAUGCAUUGAUGGUCUUCCAAUCUUCAUAGUCGGAUGAGUCUUCAGCUGGCUGGGGAAGACUCCCGUUUACAAAUCCAAAUUUCUUCAUUGAGCUCAAAGCAGUCUCAAGAUUGAUAGCCAUCCUUGUAAAAAUGAUGUGAGAUAACACUUCCGGGAUUGUCGCUUCGGUGAGAUCAUACGGCAAGAUCGUACGCCUUUGAAUAUCCAUCGUUGGUACCGUGACUCCAGAUCAAACAGCUGAGUUCUCAGUCAUGUUGUUAUCGCCCAUAUCGCAGAACCAAGUUUUCAGUCGUUUAGAAAUCAAAAAGGAAUCAAGACUAAGACAACAUAUAAAUCACAAAAAUAUUUGUGUCUGAUACCAUGUGAAAUAGUUGCAGAGAAUAGAGAAGGUUUUCUUGUGUCUUAUUCACGUUAGAGAUCAACUCUAUAUAUACAGCUUGUACAGAGUAAUAUCCCCAUGAACCUAGCUAUAGGAUUAUGUAAACAUUCCUUACAAGGAAUAUUUCGUAUUAACUAUCGUAUAUACUCCAAUAGAUAAAGUGCCAAUAUCAGGAACUUGAACAUCUCAGAUUGCAUUUAAGGUUUGUUGUGCAGGCAUCGUUGUAGAGGAAUAUGGGAUUGCAUUUUCAUCAAAUUGGUGUCCACCACCUGCUGAGUUUCAAGCCAAUCAAGCUUUAGUAGCAGCAGUAGCCAUAUGUUGCCGUAUUAUAUUCUCGAGCACUGAGAUAGUACCAAAAUUAUUACUUAAAAUAUGAUAUGCCUGACGAUUUUGUUGUUAUUUCAUAAUAUUUCUAACGUACCUGCCAAGAUUCAGACAAACAUUUUUUUUUUUUUUUGAGAAAUAGAUUCAAACAAACAUUUUUUUUUUUAAAAACAUUACUUAAAAUAAGAUACGCCCGACGAGUUUGUUGGUUUAUCAUAAUAUUUCUCACAUACCUGCCAAGAUGAAAACAAACAUAUUUUUUUUUGUUUUUUGAGAAAUAGAUUCAAACAGACAUUUAUAUUUAAAAAUAGAAACUAUCAAUAUUAGAUUGUCAUGAUGGUAUCUAACUUAAAAUAUUAUUCAUGUUACUAUAAAUUAGUUAUUUUUUUCCGCAUUGUCGAAAUUAACUUUUUUUUAAAAAUGUGCAUAUAGAAAGUACAAUUGAUGAAAAUAUUGCAGUUUUUAAAAAAAAAUAUUUAUUUGUAUAUUAUCAUUUUAAACUAUGAAAAUAAUUUAUAGAAAAAUAGUAAAAAUAACUUUAAACAUAUUUUUCUAACAAAUAUAUUUUUGUGUGAAUAUUAAUAUAUUUAUAUUUUCAACUAUCAAAAAAUAAAAACUUAAUAAUAAAAUUAUCGUUAAGAUGUAUGUCACGUUGUAUUAAUUCUAAAUUUCAGUAAUAUAUGUUGUUUUCAAAUUUAUUUUUUUAUCUGUUAGAACAAUAUAUAUGUAUAAAUUGAUUUUAAACAUAUCUUACGAACAUUAAAAAUUGAAAUAUAUAUAUAUAUAUAUAUAUAUAUAUAUAUAUAUAUAAAAUUAAAAUUAAAAAUAUGCCAUCAAUUGAAGUCACUGCCACUUGAAGAUAUAUUUCUACACCACAUUUAUAUGUAAAUAUUGUCUUAUACGAAAUGGUCUAGCAACUGUAUUGUGGAUUUUUUUAUCUAGAAAAUCACGUAAACAAAUGUCAAAUGAACAUAAAAAUAACGUUUAUCACUUAGUAUCAAAUCAAAAUAUUCAAACUAAAAUCGAACGUUAAAAAAACCCGACCACUAGUGUAAAUAUGAAUAAGGGGUUUCAACUUUAAAUUUUUUCCAGUCUUUAUUAUAUAGACAAAUAACAUAAUUAAUGAGUCAUUAAGAGCAUCUUUAAUAAAAAGUUUUAGUGUGGGUUCUUAAAAUUAAAAAAUAAUCUCUAUUAUAUUAUUUGAGAAGUCAGUUUCUUAUAUGUCGCUCUCACGUUAACUCUCACCAUGGUUGAUUACAAUGAUACCUUUAAUGAAUUAAUUUACAUUUUAAAUACUAUUAUUUAUUUUUUGUUUAGUUUCUUUUUAAAAAAUUUCAGGAAAAUAUACACAUAUAAUAAAAAAAGGAAACUUUUUAUAAACUAAAAAAAGGAAUUGAAAAACGAAAAUAUAUAAUAUGAUUUCAUAAAAAAAGAAA